AUGUUGAGACAUAUUGAGGUAAGGUGCAGUAUGAACGCAAGAACUCAGUUGUUUGAACUAAGCAUGGAGGGUCGUCAAGUUGAUGAAGCCGUUGCAAGUAUAUUUCACAGUGUGUUAUUUCAUCGUAGUCUUGGCAAAUUCAAAUAUAAACAAGAAGGAAGUUAUUCUGUGGGCACCCUUGGCUAUCAAGAUGUUGAUUGUGAUUUUAUUGAUUUCACCUAUGUAUGUUGUUCUUCUGUGCAUCUUGACCAAACAUUAAAGAGAGAAAUAUCUGGUUUCUCCGAGGCGUUGAGAUCAACAGAUAGUCCUGGUUCUGGACAAAUAUCAUUGGAAUUUUUUCAAAAGAAAAAAAAUCGUUGGCCUUUUCAACCGGAGUGUAUACCAUGGGAAGUAUGGACUGUUAGAUUAGAGCUUAUUAAAUUAGCGACCGAACACGAGAGACAAAUAUGUCGGGAAAAAGUUGGUGAUUUAUUGACAGAUAAAAUACUGUAUAUUACUGAAGUUAUGAAUCGUCAUGAUUAUUUACCGAAAAUGCCGAAUCAAGCAGAGUUAGAUCUCAUUUUUGAUACCUCAUACCCAGAUGUUCAGCCUUAUUUAUUUAAAUUGUCUUUUACAACUUCUGGUCCGCCGAGCACAACCAUGGUUGUAAUAGUAUUUUGCAUGUCGAAUUAUUGA